ACUAAAAAUUUACUUUUCCCUUAAUCACACCUUCGAGUUUAUCCUGAACUCAACAAUUUCCCCAUAACAUUACUGAAUUCACAAACCACUUCUCCUCUCCCCAAAAUCAAUUUUCGUUGAGAAACCCUAAUUUCAUUUUUACCAAUUCGUUUCAAUUUAAGCUGCAAUCAAGCUUUAAUGGCGGAACAAGCCGGUUCCCAAUCCAGCUUACUCUUAGUUCUAUCCGAGCAAAAAGAACAGCAACAAAGUUUCUCAGAUAAUUUGCUGUACAAGAAUCGUCUGCAGGAGUUUACCCAAAGAGCACACAUACAAUUUCCAGUUUAUCAUACAGUCAAUGAAGCAGGACCGCGAGAUUUGCCAAAGUUUAGGUCUACUGUUGAGGUAGAUGGAGAAACAUAUUCAUGUCUCAACACUUUCUCCAGCAGAAAGGCAGCUGAGAAAGAUGUUGCAAAGAUCGCAUUGGAAGGCAUCUAUAAGAAGAUACAGAAUUGCAUAACCAAGAAAACAACCGAAGGAGGAUUUCCUCCAAUUCUUCAGGAUAAGAUAUUUUGCAAGUCCAUACUCCACGAGUUUGCUACAAAGAUGAAUAUGGAAAAGCCCAAGUAUGAUACUGCUAAAGUGGAAGGACUUAUCCCUGUCUUCACUUCCUCUUUAGUAUUCAAUGGGAUGAAAUAUCCUGGUGGACCUAGCGUAAGCAAAAAAGAAGCUGAGCAAUUAGCUGCACGUGCUGCUAUUUUAUCCAUUCUGGCGGAUUCUGGACUCGGAAUGCAUCUGUUAGAGAUAGUCAAAUCCAAAGGUAAAUUUUAUUCUGCAGUGCAUGAUCAUAUUUCUGGAGAUACAGAAGCCUCCCUUUUGCAGUCACAUUCAGGGACUCCCGUUGGGACUUCUGCAAUUAAAGUAGGUUCUCAAAGCUCUCAUCAAGCUGGUGAGCUUGGGAAUGUUGUGGCAUUGACCCCUCCAGAGGCUGAUCAAGCUAGUAAUUUGAUCACAAAUGUUGUGUCAGAGGUGCACCAGGGAGAGUCUCAUGUUCAACCCACACAUGAAUUUAGAAAGCCAGGAAUUGAGACAAUUUCUCAAGCAGUUCCGCUUCCGAUUGCAUUUGUACCAUCAACUCAGGCUGAAAAUUAUGUUAUUGCAUCAAUUAGUGGAGGGAAAAGGAAGGGUAAAAGAAGGAAAAAGGCUAAUAAGAAAGCAAAAACUGAAAUAAUACCACAGGCGGCUGAGUUGCCUCUAAGCCAACCGAUGCCAUGUACUAUAGCUCUAUGAGCAGGUUGUUAAACUAUGUAUUUACAUGUAGUGAUGUAGUAUUUGUUUGGGAAGAACUUAUCUUGCCUUUGUUGGACCUCUUUUAUGAUAUAUGUGAACUUUCAUUGUGGAAAUGAAUGUAAUUUCCUUCA